UUUUCAAAGAAAUCCCAGUAAAUUUUCCCAAUGACAAUCAAUUUUUUGCAAGUUUUAAAUUUUUUUUUUCAAAUGAGAAUACAUUUUUUCCUAUUUUUUACAAUUUUUUCAAUGAGAUCAAUUUUUACAAUUUUUUCCAAUGAGAUCAAUUUUUUUCGAUUUUUACAUUUUUCCAUUAAAAAAGUUUUUUCCAACGAGAACACAAUUCUUUCCUAUUUUAAAAUUUUUUCCAGUUUCCGAUAAUAAUCCAAUUUUUUCCGUCUUUAACUCCUACACCAUUUUUUCCAAUGACAAAAUACAUAAAUCAUAUAAUGACAAAAUACAUAAAUUAAAAUUUUUUCCAGUUUCCGAUAAUAAUCCAAUUUUUCCGUCUUUAACUCCUACACCAUUUUUUCCAAUGACAAAAUACAUAAAUCCUUUAAUAAAAUCCUUUAAUAUAAUCUAUCAACUAUCCUGGGAAAUUUUUAAUCGAUGA